UGAACCCUUAAGAGUCCUGAGGCCUUACCCCUCUCUCUCUCCUCUCUCCCUCUCUCUUCCUCAUACUUCACUAUCCUUCUUCCAUUCUCUCUCAAUAUACUUCUUUAGGACGUGACCAAACAUGAAGAACUCAAUCCCAUCUGACGUGUGGGAGAGAAAGAAGGCUCUGAUUGCCAAGUUAUACAAGGAUGAAGAAUGGCCUCUGAAGCAGGUCAUCAAGCAAAUCCGUUCCGAUGAUUUCAACCCAAGUGAGACUCAAUUGCGGAGUAGAUUGAAGAAGUGGCGGGUCACCAAGCCCUCUCGCCAGACACGCAAGAAAUCGGACGAUAGCCAGCAGGAGACUACCGGAGAUGACAGUGGUCAAGAAGAUGCAUCCCCCAAGGCCCAGUCUUCCACAGUUUCCCCCAAAGCACGCCCCCCUCUUCGCUCAGUCGCAUCUGACAUCUCUGUUACCGAACCGGAAUGGUACAUGUCCAAUGGUGCAUACACGCAUCAUGAGGACCUGCCUACAACAGUUUGUCUUGAUGGACAAAAUAUCUCGAAUGUGUGGGCUCCCAUGAUGAGUCCAUCCCAGAAGCAGCGGGAUCUUUCCCACGCAUCUUCCGUGAUGGUCCUUCCUAGCUCCAACUCAUAUGACUCGCCGCACACAUCGCCAUUGAUGGACAGCAUGUUGGCCAACCAAACAUCUAGCAUGGCGUCGCCUUUCCAUGACCCUUCUUUUGCUGUUACUACAGACUGCAUGCAAACACCCGCGACAACAGCUGGACCAAUCCAGUGGUCUAUCCCUCAGUGGUACUCGAUGCCUCUUGAGGCUGGCAGUCCAUUCUACGCUGCGGCACCACUGAGUCCUCCUAUCGAUCCCGCCAUGCACCUGAUGACCCCACACCCCCAGACACCGCCGCCUUCCAGUAUCGGGCGGCAACAUAUGGCCGACCUGCACGAGGGGCCCCAGUCAUGGAAGCGUGCUAUGUCUGCCCCAUACGUUCAGGAUACCGCUGGUGGGCAUCCGAGAUUGGACCAGAAAGGCCCGCAAAGACGGCCGCUUGAUCGGAAGGCCUCCCUCCAACCAAAGUCGGCCGGUCAACCCGCCAUGGGGAUCGUGUCUCCGUCGGCCUUCUAUCCUCACGGCCAACAUCCUGCUAUGUGUGCGCCCAUUUACCCAUAUCCUGGACCCGAGCCACUUGUGCACAGGCCUCAGAGCAUCGAUUUUUAAAGCAUUACCAGGAGCACGUCGCUUAAUUUAUGUGAAACUAAUAUUUUCUCAUACUGGACACUUGGUUUGCAUCCACUGGUCUAGUUACCUUUACACAUUUCUGGGGUUGAUCUAUACUUCUCACCUGUACUUUUUGCCUCUCGUCUUUGCUGUUUAGUUGAACCGUCUCCUUCUCUUUGCUGCGACGCUGGAAAGGAGCCAGGCCAUCUGAACAUUACAUCUUGUACACCAAGGAAACUGGCACUCGGAUCAUGGGAUACCUGGCGUAUUGUGGUUGUGCCGAAUCAUGGAGUGGAGUGUGCUGAUUUUGAUGAUAUCCACGUUUGGGAUCAAGGAGUUUGGAAUUUUCUGUAUCAUUUUCCUUUGUCAGUCUAUGUGUGCAUGGGGUUAAUGAUGUUUGUACGGGCUAUAUCAUAUGUAUUGAUGGCUAGAUCGACUGGACGAUCGGCCUAUGAAGGACUGGUUCCCUCAAACAUGCCAAAUAUUUUUAUCAUACAAGGGUGCACCCAACAGCCUCCCGCAUUAGUUACAUAAAGUUGACUUUACAAUAUAAUUCAUUUAUCCAUCGACCGACGAUGUCUGGGC